CUCCUCCCUCGGUGCCGGCUCGAUCUCGCCUCGGCCUCCCGUUCCCUCCUCCCCCUGCCCCGACUCGUCCCCGGCGCGGCGGCCCUAUGGCGUACAGUCAGGGCGGCGGCAAGAAGAAAGUCUGCUACUACUACGAUGAUCUAUCUUUGCAUGAUUUUUGUCUAUUCACGUUGCAGAAGCCAAUCCAAAUAAUACUGAACAUCUGCAGACCUUGCUGAAGUCUAUGAUAGUGUGUCAAACACUUAAGUUCAACAAAAGGAUCACAUGGAUUUGUCUUCAUCUGAUGAAUUGACAGGUUGUUAGUAUAUUAAUGUCUUUGAACCCAGGGCAUGUCAGUAUGUAUAACAAGUUAAUAUUCAGUAGGCUGGAAAAAUUUGUUGAAAAAUUCUUGAAAAAUAUGAAAGAGAAGUAAAAAUUUUAAGAAGGUAAAAUCAGUAAUACUACCAAGAAAUUUCCUCAGGAGGAAAGAAGAGCUAUUGCAAAUAAUUGACAGUGUGGAAGCCCUUGACAACUGAAUAUACCUAUUAGGCUUUUCCAUGUCUCCUGAAACACGUGGAACGUGAUAUUGGAAACUAUUACUAUGGACAAGGGCAUCCAAUGAAACCUCAUAGGAUCCGAAUGACUCACAACUUGCUCCUAAAUUAUGGCUUGUACAGGAAAAUGGAAAUUUACCGACCCCACAAAGCUACUGCUGAGGAAAUGACCAAGUACCAUAGUGAUGAAUACAUCAAAUUUCUCAGAUCAAUAAGGCCUGACAAUAUGUCUGAGUACAGCAAGCAGAUGCAAAGAUUUAAUGUUGGAGAAGAUUGUCCUGUAUUUGAUGGCCUGUUUGAGUUUUGUCAGCUGUCAACUGGAGGCUCUGUUGCUGGGGCGGUAAAAUUGAACAGACAGCAGACAGACAUGGCUGUUAAUUGGGCUGGAGGACUUCACCAUGCCAAGAAGUCAGAGGCAUCUGGUUUUUGUUAUGUCAAUGAUAUUGUGCUUGCCAUCCUUGAGUUACUGAAGUAUCACCAAAGAGUGUUGUAUAUUGAUAUUGAUAUCCAUCAUGGUGAUGGUGUUGAAGAAGCAUUUUAUACCACAGAUCGUGUCAUGACAGUAUCAUUCCAUAAGUAUGGUGAAUAUUUUCCAGGCACGGGGGACCUUAGGGACAUUGGUGCUGGAAAAGGCAAAUACUAUGCUGUCAACUUUCCAAUGAGGGAUGGUAUAGAUGAUGAGUCGUAUGGACAGAUAUUCAAACCAAUUAUAUCAAAAGUAAUGGAGAUGUACCAGCCCAGUGCUGUAGUAUUACAGUGUGGAGCAGAUUCAUUGUCUGGUGAUAGGUUGGGAUGCUUUAAUCUUACUGUUAAAGGUCAUGCAAAAUGUGUGGAAGUUGUAAAGACCUUCAACUUGCCAUUGCUGAUGUUAGGAGGAGGUGGAUAUACUAUUCGCAAUGUUGCUCGAUGCUGGACAUAUGAAACUGCUGUUGCCUUAGAUUGUGAAAUUCCUAAUGAAUUACCAUACAAUGAUUACUUUGAGUAUUUUGGACCAGACUUCAAACUUCAUAUUAGUCCAUCAAAUAUGACUAAUCAGAAUACACCAGAAUAUAUGGAAAAGAUCAAGCAACGCUUAUUUGAAAACUUGCGCAUGUUACCUCAUGCACCUGGUGUACAGAUGCAGGCCAUUCCUGAAGAUGCUGUUCAUGAAGAUAGUGGAGAUGAGGAUGGAGAAGAUCCAGACAAACGCAUUUCUAUUCGAGCAUCUGAUAAGCGCAUUGCCUGUGAUGAGGAGUUUUCAGACUCUGAAGAUGAAGGGGAAGGUGGACGGCGAAAUGUUGCAGAUCACAAGAAAGGAGCAAAGAAAGCUAGGAUAGAGGAAGACAAGAAAGAGACAGAGGACAAAAAAGCAGAUGUUAAGGAGGAGGAUAAAUCCAAGGACAACAGUGGUGAAAAGGCGGACACCAAAGGAGCAAAAUCAGAACAGCUCAGCAAUCCUUGAACAAAAGAUAGCCUCACAUCAAUUGCAGAACAUAAUGCUAGAAUUGGAGAAUACCUAAAGGAAGAAGUUUUCAUAUUGAGAAAGACUGCUGAUUUCAUUUUUGUACUAUUUGGCAUGGACCGUAUUUAUUUUCAAACGGCUUUGUUCUGGUUUUUGGCAAGUUGUAUUGUGAGUUUUCUAAUUAUGAGGCAGAAAUUCCUUUCUUCACCAUGCUUUAUGUAAUAGUAUUUAAAAUGGAUGUGAGUUAUGUUAAAUGUCUAAACUGAUCUAUUAAAGUAAUUUGCCUUUCCUGAGCUGAUUUUACCUUUUUUGUAAUUUUAUCUUUAUUAAAAAAAAAAAAAAUUGUA